AUGGCAGCGCUCAGCGGCUCCACGUUUUACGGCGACGGCCGAAAACGGACCAGACCGCGUAUCAGUGACGCAACAGCUGACGAAAUCCUCGAAAGAAUUGCGCGGGGCCACACGUCGGACAUGGAUCUCUCAGACAGUGAUGACGAUGUGGCAGACGCCACUUUUUCUGCACCAGCUUUACCUGAUGCACCUAGUUCAGACGAGGAUGAUGCCAGCGAUGAUGAAGAACCUUCCACCUCGUGCAGAACCAAACGGAUGCCGUCAUGGGAAGCCGCUCAAGGGCCGAUUUCGUCUUGGAUGGCAGAUUUCUCUGCUUUCGCUGACGGCCAGCAAGGACGGACUUCCUGGGCUCCCAAUGAGUACUUCCAGCAGUACAUCACUGAUGAAGUUUUCGAAAGUAUGGCACUGGCAAUGAACACGAAACAUGUCGCUGAGACCGGGAAAAGCCUUGACACAUCUGUGGAGGAGUUGAAAGUAUUUUUUGGAAUUUCGGUUUCAAUGUCCUGCCUAGGCUACCCACAAAUCAGGAUGUACUGGCAGAAUAGUACAAGGGUGCCUUCCAUUGCGAACAGGAUGUCUAGGAAUCGAUAUUUUCAACUGCGAUCUCGACUAAAAGUUGUGAAUGACCUGGAAGUAAGCGUGCAGGUAAAAGAACAAGACAGGCUUUGGCGGAUCAGACCUCUUGUGUCGUCUGUAUUGAAAGGUUGCCAGAAGCUUCCCCGCGAGGAGUACCUAAGUAUUGAUGAGCAAAUGAUACCAUUUAGCGGAAGAACACAGCUGAGGCAGUUUGUGCCACGGAAACCAAACCCCGAAGGGCUUAAGAAUUUUGUACUUGCGACACCAAGCGGCUCGAUUCUUGACUUCGAAAUAUACCAAGGCAAGAAAUCCACCCUACAUCCAGGCAGUUCUGGAAUCGGCGAGUCAGCUGUGCUCAGGCUUACAGACACACUCACUCCAGGAACCAAGCUGUUCUUUGACAGGUAUUUCACCUCCGGGGCACUGCUCGAUAAGCUUGCGGAGAUGGGCAUUGCCGGCACAGGGACGAUAAUGAAUAACCGCAUCCCGAAGGGUGCAAAACUGUCCACUGAAAAAGAGCUUAAGGCCAAAGGGCGAGGAACAUCCGGUAUGAAAGUGAGGAAUGACAGCAAACAAAUAGUAGUUCGCUGGUACGACAACAAGUCAAUCACAUUCCUCUCGUCAAUUCACGGUAAAGAGCCAGAAGAUACGUGCCGUAGAUGGUCAGCUAAAGAGAAGAGGCACAUAGACGUCCCCAGGCCAAACAUUGUACGCUUGUACAACACGAACAUGGGAGGGGUUGACAUGGCUGAUCGAAUGAUCAGCUACUAUCGAAUGAAAGCGCGAUGCAAGCUGUUCUUUUGUAUAACCAAGGAAAGACAGUGCUUCGAGAAAGCUCACACAAAGUAA